AAAUCCCGCCGACAGAAAAACACGGCAGCUUGGUGGAGAGGAGAUGGACGACUACGCGCGGGAGAUGAUGGAGCUCAAGACGCUCGUCACCCGCACCCUCGAGAAGAAGGGCGUCCUCGCCAAGAUUAGGGCUGAACUGAGAGCAAGCGUGUUUGAGGCCACAGAAGAGGAGGAUCGUGUCGUGGAGGAGAAUGAUGACGGAGGGAAUCCUGCUUUGCUUGGCAGCUGCAAUGACCGUGCCAAGCAGCUGCAUGCUUCAGCGUCAGGUAGGUUAUUGACGGCACUUAUAGGCGAAUACUUGGAGUGGGCCCAGCUAAGUCACACAAUGAAUGCAUGUAUGGUUAAUAUAUGCAUACGAAUGAAUGCUGCAGGGAUUGUGACCCUAGAUGUCACCGAUGCAAUAUCAAAAGACAGGGACACCGGCAGCGUGAGCUCUCUCGAUACUGACAGUCCUCGCUCUGCCUCAGACUCAGACUUGGGCUCAAGCUCUGAUGGAGAUUCUGAUGGAGAUUCUGACGGAGAUUCAGAUGGAGAUUCAGGAUCCGGGGAAGAAGAUGGAGAUCAACACCACGACAAACGCCGCAAACUAAACUAGCUGGAGAGCCUCUCCUGCAGGACAACAUGCUACUUAAGGCAUGCUACCCAUUAGCCCGAGAUUCCCAAACAUACUGCUGCUCAUCGUUGUGCUUGGCAGUCACGACGACUAUCUCUGCAACCAGAUAACCCAUACUAAACCGAGCGAUCAUGGGCACAUUAGUACCAGCAGCCAAUCCCUCCAUGAGCACCUUCGUCGCAGACCUUGCAGUGGUACCAAGGUUCCUCAGAAGAUCUGGCUUGAACAUACAAAUAUCAUUGUUGUUUGCGGCCUUGUCAGGGACAAUGUGGAUGAAUAGCUCUGGCUGAGCAUCCAAUUUGCUCUUGUCAGUCUGGCUCUCAGGACUUGGCUUGUCUGACACCUGCACAUCAGUGCACCCUAUUUAGCAGGAAAACCCACAGCAACCAGUCAACAAUGCGAAAGCAACUGGAACAUCAAAGUUGGGAAACUGAUGCUUUUCAGAAGUUACCAGACAAACAUAGAUUAUACAGAAUGAGCACACGGCCUAUCUUUUUGAUUUAGUUCAAAUUAUCCUAACAGCCAAGGAAAGCUACUUUAAAUUUCAAGACUGUGAGACUAAUGCUAUUCAGAAAUAACCAUAUCAACAUUGCCGUA